UUUUGUAACGUUCCCACUUGCUGUGUGUGUCCGGCGGAGGGGGGACGGAGCAGAGUGUGACACCAGCGCUUUGGGUCAACAUGGCGCUGCGCAGAGGAGCCGCCGAGCUGUGGAGGACAGGGUGCAGGUUACACUCCCUCACACACACAGGUGUUCUAUCUGCUGCUGCCAUUCGUCAUCAGAGCUCUGAGAGCGUCAGCCUGCCGUCCAGUGUGUUUCCUCAGACUUCUCUGUCCCGGCCGCCCUGGUCAGAGGCGACACACAUCAGUCCAGAGGAGCAGCAGAGGCAGCAUGCAGCCGCGGUGCAGAAGGUGGACGCCCGGCUCGCUCAGGGGAACCUGGGCCGGCUCUUCGCUGUGGUUCACUUCGCCAGCCGGCAGUGGAAGGUGACGAACGAAGACCUGAUCCUGAUCGAGAACCACAUCGAGGCCGAGUGUGGAGACCGCAUCCGCAUGGAGAAGGUGCUGAUGGUCGGAGCAGAGGACUUCACUCUGAUUGGCCGGCCUCUGCUGGGGAAGGACUUGGUGCGGGUCGAGGCGACCGUGAUCGAGAAGACGGAGUCGUGGCCCAAAGUUCACAUGAGAUUCUGGAAACGACACCGAUAUCAGCGCAAGAAAAUCAUCGUCCAGCCACAAACUGUCCUGAGGAUAAACAGCAUCGAAGUCGCUCCCAGACUGACGUGAUUAUAUUUGUGUAUUUAAUCUGCCAUGAAAAUAAACAGAAAAUCCCUGUU